AUGUACAAUAACGGAAAAAUCAAGUUUGAACAAGAUAAACAUAGAGAUGGAAAAACUUAUAACCAUCGUGAUGAAAGUAAUGAAACUUCAUCAACAUCGCAUGAGAAUCGUCAAUCAACAAUGUCCAUCGAUUCAUGUCUUGAUGAAAAAAACUUAUCGUUAAAAGCAAAACGUCAUCGAACAAGAUUUACUCCAGUUCAAUUGAAUGAACUUGAACGAAGUUUUGCUAAAACACAUUAUCCUGAUAUAUUUAACAGAGAAGAAUUAGCAAUAAGAAUCGGUUUAAUAGAAUCACGUGUACAAGUUUGGUUUCAAAAUCGUCGAGCUAAAUGGAAAAAACGAAAAAAAACUACAAAUGUAUUUCGACAAUCUUCAUUAAUGUCGUCGUAUCGUCUGUCUUCAUCUACGGAUACUUUUAAUCCAUUUUCAACAUCAUCAACACCAUCGAGAUGGACAAAUACCAAUUCGUUGUCACAAUUUACAAAUCCGUUUCAUCCACAAAAUUUUGUCACACGAAACGAAUGCCAAAGACAUAAUCUCUCAUCUCAGGUAGAACACACUCUGAAUCAAUCUCCUUCAAAUUUUCAUGGUAGUCAAUAUCAAAUGUCAAUUUUUCCUCCAACAACAUCGUUAUCAACUCCACAAACUGGUACAUUUGAAUUAAGUCCAUCGUCUCCUUCGCACUAUCUAUCAAAUUUUCCAUGUAUAAUGUCUACAGAAGACUAUGUGGAUGCAGAUGAUAUGUGGCGAGGAUCAAGUAUUCUAGCUUUAAGGCGAAAAGCCGUUGAACAUCAAGCAAAUGUUGCUACAUAUCGAUGA